AUCCGUUUAGAGUUACUUUUUACGUUGUGGAACGCUCCACGAAACACGUUCCUGUUAUCACUUGCGUUAUAUCGCAGUUAUAAACAGUCAUUCCUUCACCAGGCUCUUCUUUGUUCUCUUUUGGAGUGCAUCCAGACACUACAGAUCAUGUUAAAGAUAUUAAUUGGUCGAUUAAUUAAUUGAUUAAUUAAUUAAUGAAGUAUUCCUUUAUCCAUGAUGAAUCGUGUUUUCAUCUUUUUAUCUCUUCAUGCAGUCGUUUACAGUGUAAUGUUUCUGAACGCUGAGGAUGGGGAGCAGCAGUCGAGCGGGAUUUCAUAUCGGUGACAGCGACUCCAGCGACUCGGAGCGGCUCCCCGUGAUCGAUUUCUCCCAAAAACCAAAGACUUCGGUGUGUUCAGACUCCUCGGACUCUGCGAUGACUCAUCCGUUCUCUGCUCGGCCUGCUGGGGGAAGCGUCUUCACGGUCAGCAGUGACAGUGAGGAGGAGGAAGAGGCUUUCGUUCCUCUGGCUGUAAGACUGAAACAGAAAGCUGUAGCUAAGAGCAAAUGCGAGAGUCAGAAGUCGUGUGUGAAUCAGAACGGAGGCUUGAAGGAGAAGAUCUCAACUGCGCAGUGUGUUAAAGUUUCAGAGGAUAAUCCAGGUGCUGGGAGGCGUUAUGGUAAAGAGCCUGUCUCCGUCAGGGACGAGGACGUCGGGCUUCGAAAGCGCAAACGCACCCUGGAGGACGUGGAGGGGAGCAGAGAGGAGGCGCUGCGCAGGAAAGUCGAGCGGGAGAGGCAGCACGGAGAGAGAGAGCGGAUGAGAGCGGAGAAGAAAGCGCUGACGGAUGCUGUGAAGGCCAUGAAACCGGAGGAGUGCAUUAAACACAUGGUGGUGGCGGUAGAUCCUGGCCUGCUGCAGCUGGAGGGUGGUGGUGAUCUCCUGACCUCACUGCACACGAUGGGAUGCAGCUGUGCCAUUGAGAAGCAGCCGAUGCCACGGAGUGUGUCCUGGGUUAGACGCGCACCCUGUCCUCAGACUGGAGAAGUGAUGUCUAUCCCAGAAGCCCUUGCGGUGCUCCAGGUCCCGGUGGAUGACUUCAUCAGCAUGGUUCACACUUCCACACAGGCGCAGAGGAGUGGAGGACCGAGCGAACGUGGCGUAACCCUCACCGCUUGGGUUCUCCGUCUUAUGGCGAGAAACGCAGACAGGACCCUCAGUCUGUCGGUGAUCGACAUAGAGAAAUAUUUUAAGAGUCAGAGCGCUAAGGGACGGCGGAGGUUUCGGGAUGCGGUGCUGGGGGACGAGACGAAGAAGAGGAAGAGGAAGGAUGCGGAGCAGCUUCCUGAUGUCUCGCGGAUGGAGGUGGAGGAGUGUUUAGUCGACCUCCAGCUGCACACGGGGGUCCAAGUCCAUUUUCACUCGACCUGGAAGGACUUCACUAAUUACGUUACCAUGUCAACCAAGGCAGUAGCUGAAGCACCGUUCAAGCGGGAGCGAGACAAGACCGGCUUCAGUUUUUGUCUGGAGAGCGAGUGGGCAGGUGGUCAGAAGGUUGAGCGAACAGGGAAAGGACUUCUGCAGGUGUGGAAGAGGCAGAUCCAGCAGCUGAACCGGGUCAGCGCAGACAUGGCUACGGCCAUCCUCAGCGCCUAUCCGUCUCCUCAGCUUCUUAUUCAGGCGUACAGGCGGUGCGGAUCGGACCGGGAAAAAGCCGCGCUGCUAUCGGACGUGCUGAUUCGUCGCGGAGAAGGAGUGACGUCGACGACGCGCAGGAUCGGUCCAGAGCUCUCCAAGCGGAUCUUUCUUUUGAUGACGUCAUCAGACCCCCAGCAGACCCUGGAUUCCGUGUCAUAAACACGCAGUGUGAAGAGACUGGUUUUCUAUCUUGAUUUAUUCUUCUUCUUCUUAUUUUUUUUUUUAAAAAUCCGUUUGCUUUUAUGCAUUAUUUGUUAUUAAAUGUUUUCUCCGUCAGUGUGAUGGGAUUUUUGUUACGCUUCAGAUACACAGAGUGCACCUUCAAAGCACCUUGCCCUGCCCCCCCACCCCUCCCCUCCCCUCCCCCCUCUGCUUCAUGUCAUAGUGAAUGAUAACAGGGCACCGAGCUCCUUUCACGUACAGUGUGUGUUCCUCAGAAGCUCUCUACACUUAAAGCAAUUUUCUCGUGACAUUGACCGUGAUGGACCGUAAAGGACUCGAGGUCACCGUCAUAUCCUGUCUGUGUUUUUCCCAGCCUUACACCCUUUAUAUAUUUAUUUUCUGGUCCACGCUCACACACUGCCGGUGUAUGACAGGGCAUCGGUAAUUGUGGAACCAACAAUUUACUUACUCUUGCCAUGUUAUUUUGCUGUUUUUUUGGGUUUUUUUUUUUUUUUUUGAAACGCUACACCAGACCUGUCAUUUCUCCUCCCGGCUAAAAUGGCUCCCUGAGCUGAACAACGCUGCAGUGGUGCAGGUCUGUAGAGGCUCAUGGCUCAUUUCCAGCACAUUAGCGAAUGGCACCUGACAAGGAGCGGCGUAUUGCACGAAACACGAGCGGCGGACUAACGAGGCUUUAAAUGCGUUUAAGAGAUGAGCCGCGUGUCGCAAAAACACCUUCCUGAAAGGCUGCGGGAGUUUUUUUUUUUUUUUUCUGAAGACUGGUGUGGGCAUUAUGUAUGGAGUAACACACUCGGUGUUACAGGGAAAAAAAAAAAAAUACAAAUAGACGAUCAUGGUUUGGUGUGAUGAAGCAGAGUUCCUGUUACCGCCGUGAGGUUGGUUCAUUUCCUAUAACGGAACAUUCCGAAGUGUUUUAUUCCUCUUACACCACAGCAGUUCCUUUUCACAACACUAACAUGGGUUACUUAUUAAAGAAAAAUACAUCA